GAACAAAAGUGAGGUGGCCAUUUUUGAUUGGAUACAUACGUUGGCAACAAUCUCACAUGUUGCUUUGUUUGUAUUUGACUCCUAUGUUGAAACAAAGAACGAGGAAUCAUUAAUGGCUAUGGCGAUGAUAAUGAUGCUAUCAGUCUCAACCCCCAAACUCAAUACUAUCUCACUCAAUUUCCGACGAUUAAGCCCCAAUCCUCCAAAAUUGAAGCCCUUCUCCGUCUCCGUCAAGAAUAUUGUACACGAAUUCGAUUUCGACCCCAAAAUCAAAAUAGAAGAAGCUGUAACUCCUCCCUCAAAUUGGUACACUGACCCUUCUUUCUUCGCCCGUGAACUCGAUCGCGUCUUCUACAAGGGAUGGCAAUUCGUAGGAUGUAGUGAACAGAUCAAAGAUCCUAGGAGCUAUUUCACUGGCAGAUUAGGGAAUAUUGAAUUUGUGGUGUGUCGAGAUGAUAAUGGAAAGGUGCAUGCAUUUCACAACGUUUGCCGUCAUCAUGCCUCAAUUCUUGCAUAUGGAACUGGCAAAAAGUCUUGUUUUGUUUGCCCUUAUCAUGGAUGGACUUAUGGGUUGGAUGGACCACUUGUUAAAGCUACUAGAAUGGCAGGAAUUCAGAACUUUAAUGAAAAUGAAUUUGGGCUAAUUCCAAUAAGAGUAGCUAUAUGGGGACCAUUUGUUCUUCUUAAUAUGGAUCAAAAAGUUGACAGUAAUAUAAACGUGGGAGAAGAAUGGCUUGGGAGUUGCUCAGAACUACUGACUAAUAAUGGAGUUGAUUCCUCACUAAGUUAUAUUUGCAGACGAGAAUAUACCCUCCAAUGUAACUGGAAGGUGUUUUGUGACAAUUAUUUAGAUGGAGGAUAUCAUGUGCCAUAUGCACACAAGGGCCUUGCAAAUGGUCUUAAGCUUGAUUCUUACUCUACCACAAUAUUUGAAAAGGUUAGCAUCCAGAAAUGUGAAAGUGGCUCAGUAAAUGGCAAAGAUGAUAAUGAUAGACUUGGAUCCACAGCUGUAUACGCAUUUGUAUAUCCCAAUUUCAUGAUUAAUAGAUAUGGUCCAUGGAUGGAUACAAAUCUUGUACUCCCAUUAGGACCCAACAGAUGUCAAGUUGUUUUUGACUAUUUUCUUGAACCUUCUCUUAAGGAUGAUAAAGCUUUUAUAGAGAAAAGUUUACACGACAGUGAAAAAGUCCAGAUGGAAGAUAUAAUUUUGUGUGAAGGUGUUCAAAGGGGUCUGGAGUCUCCUGCUUAUUCAGUUGGUAGAUAUGUUCCAAGUGUUGAAAUUGCUAUGCACCAUUAUCAUUGCUUGCUUCAUAAACACAUAAACAAUUAACAAAAUGAUGGUGAAUUAUCUCACAUCCUUGAUGUUUCUGAAAUUCCAUCUCAUGUCAAUGGCGAAUAAAUAUUGUACAGAAUUGAAAA